AUGGGAUUCGCGUUCCUCCGACUCGAUUCCCGCUUCGACUUCCAUAACGAAACCCCCAAAGACACGAAAGAACGAGCAGACUACCUGGAAAGUACAAAAGGAUACGUUCUCUGGGAGUGCCGCUACUUCGAGCGAAUCGAACGACCUAGCGCGUACUUCGAGUUUUCAACCGAGUGGCAGGAACUUCCAUACCGCUUGGAGGGACCAUGCUUUGAACUCUUGCUUCCAAAAUAUUUUCCGGAGAAAAAUCAGUUCGUUGUUUGCUAUUCGUGCUUGCAACUAAGUAUCAAGGCUGCGGAGGAGAAGGAAACUAAAUGCCAUAUUUGUCGAGGCCCGGUGGAUCAGCCGAAAAGCCCCGAAGAGUAUUUUGAAAAGGUUGCUAGGAGCGAUCCGUGGAUAGUUCGAGGGGCGGGACUGUGUCCGGGUGUCAAUAAGAGAAUACAAAAAAAGGAUUAA